AUUUGUGCUACCCUGAACAAAAAGCGGAAACAAAAGAAAUCAAAAAUCCUAAAACACACCCUUGGUGAGCGACUGAGAGAAAGAGAAAGUAUUUGUUUGAUUUUUUCCUGUAGUCGUAUCAAAAGACACGAACAGAAAUAUACGUUCAUUAGUUUUAGUUUGUCCGGCUUGUAGUCAUGGCUUUAAAAAGAAUACAGAAGGAGUUAAAUGACUUGCAACGGGAUCCACCUGCACAGUGCUCAGCGGGUCCAGUGGGGGAUGAUUUGUUUCAUUGGCAAGCAACAAUAAUGGGACCUAGCGACAGUCCAUAUCAAGGAGGGGUUUUCUUUCUCACAAUCCACUUUCCGACAGAUUACCCUUUUAAACCACCAAAGGUAGCGUUCACAACAAAAAUAUAUCAUCCAAACAUAAACAGUAAUGGAAGUAUUUGCCUGGAUAUUUUGAGAUCACAGUGGUCCCCGGCACUAACAGUAUCAAAAGUUUUAUUGUCCAUAUGUUCAUUGCUUUGUGACCCAAACCCUGACGACCCCUUAGUACCAGACAUAGCACACAUCUACAAGUCAGAUAAAGAAAAAUACAACAGACUAGCAAGAGAAUGGACUCAGAAGUAUGCAAUGUAAAGAAAACCGAACAGAUUUUAAAGUCACAAGGCACUGUAAAUUCUAGAAUCUAAGGGGGAAAAAAAAGUAAAUUUAGGUAAUAUUGUUGAACACAAUGUACUGUUAGCAUAUCACUAAAAGGCAAUUACCAUUAAUGAACCAAGAUUUAGUAUUUUACAGGAAAAUUCUCCUCUGUCCAAAACUUACAUGAGAAGGCUUAGUGGAUUUUGUGCAUUGCAGACAGACUUUUUUCCUUUUAUUUUAGCACUUCUUGAUCUCUUAAACCCAUUAAAAAUAAACUUGUAAUGCAGCUUUCUUGCUGUGGUCACAAAUAGGUUUAAAAAAAUCUUAUUUUCUUUCAUUUAAAAUAUUUGGUUCUCUUUCCUUUAUUCAUCCUGUAGGUCAUUUCUAUUUUUUUUUUGAGAUUUUUAUUGUAUAGUAUAAAAGCUAUACAGAAUCUAUUUUUAUUAUUUUGCAUUUAAAAGUAAAAAAUAAAAAAUAACAUUUGUAAAGUUGUUAAUUUACUUUUGUACAUAUUAAAAUACUAGUAAUAUAUACAUAGCUUGAGUUAAAUUGAACAAAACCUGUUAAGAUUAAUGUGUGAAUUGACAUCACUACUGUAAUUUAAGCCAUCUGAAUGCACUUAUGCAAUACUAAUCUAACCAAAAAUAUUAACAUAACCUAAAAAAAAAACAUGCGCUUGUCUUGCUUUUCCAUAACUUGAGUCCCAUUCGUCUCUUGCAUAGUAAUAUCUUAUUAAAAGUUUGAAU